AUGCCUGCACGAUGGCAACGCUUCCCUAUUCUAGCAUGCACAGGAGAUCGGGCAGGGGGAAGGAGGGAGGAAGAGGAUCGGGGGAAGGCAGGGGACGGGUACUGGGAUCCUGUCUGCGUCCUCGCCGCUUCUGCUGAGGAUGGUGCGUGUGUGCGCUCCCGGGUGCGCCUUUCCGCUUCUCUCUCUUUCUCUAUCCUCCGAGCGCUAUCCGAGGCUCUGUUGGGCUGGGACCCUUCCGAGUUCGAGAAGCUGCAAGAAGGCAUCGACAAGUUGCAGCCCUACGACGACUUGUGGAAGCUUGUUGAAGCAUGCGGGCAAGCCGACAAGAAAUGGAUGCGCGGGCCGCUGUUCCAGAUCGAGCCGGAGGCCGUCGACCAGGCAGGGUUGCCAGAGAUGGGGGGUCGACUGCACGUAAGCGCUCUCUUCGACAACAUGCAGCCGCCGUUGCCCACGCCCGCGGGGGUCGCCAAGAAGAUCAAGAAGGACCUGGACUCCUUCAAGCAGCACCUGCCGCUGAUCCACGCGCUGUGCAACCCGGGCCUCCGCCAGCGGCACUGGGACUCCAUCUCGGAGGCUGUGGCGCGGCACCUCUCUUGGGAGACGGUGCCGCUCUUCGAGGCUUGA